AUGGCUGAAGCUACUCCCCCCGCCGCUGCCAACGCGCCCCGUCUCAGCUCGGAUCCCGCCCUCGAGGCCGAGAACCAGCACCGCCAUGAGCAUCACAACCACUCGCCGCGCGUCGACGCCGACGGCGGUCACCAGGACCCCGUCUACUACACCGAGGGGACCAAUGCUCAAGAUGCGACCGCCGUGCCUCAUCAGGGUCAUCUCCACAAGCAUGGAGUAGACGCCGUUCCUGUUACUUCGAUGGAGAAGACUGGCCAUGGAACUCCCCCAGACUACAGUGACCAUGAAAAGACUGAGGCUGGUGUUGUUGCCUCGACUGGUGAUGACAGCGAGCGACACCGGUCUGGAAUCUUGGGUUGGUUGAUCCGACAUAAGCGACCCAUCAUUCACCUCUUCCUCUUCAUGCUCUUCACUGGCUGGUGGAUGGCCUCUCUUAUUGUUCAUCGCAACGAUAAGAACUGGGUUGUUCCCUUCCUUCUCUGGCUCGCCAUUACCCUCCGUCUGAUCUUCUUCCACGUCCCGAUCCGAUACGUCUCUGGUCCUAUCCGCUGGACAUGGCAGCACACGGCCGUUGUCGUCUACGACAUGAUCCCGGCCAAGCUCCGCACCCCCGCCGGUGCCUUUGUCGCCAUCGCCACCAUCCUCGUUGGCUCGUUUGCGUCCGAAGAAGUUGCCGACAACACUCGCGAGAACAGAGCUGUCAGCUUGUUCGGCAUAGCCGUUUUCCUCUUUGUUCUCUGGGUCACCAGCCGGGACCGCAGACGCAUCAACUGGCGCACUGUCAUCGGUGGCAUGCUUGGACAGUAUAUCAUCGGUCUCUUUGUGCUCCGCACCGGCGCCGGUUAUAGCAUCUUCCGCUUCAUCGCCCUCCGUGCUGCCGAUCUUCUCGGGUUCGCAAAGGAUGGUGUCAUCUUCCUCACAAACCCUGACGUUGCGGCGACCCCGGGAUUCUUCUUCGGCGUCAUCCCGGCCAUCAUCUUCUUCAUCUCCCUGGUCCAGGUUCUGUACUAUAUUGGCUUUGUCCAGUGGUUCAUCAUGAAGUUUGCCACCUUCGUGUUCUGGGCCCUUGGUGUCUCUGGAGCUGAAGCUGUCGUCGCUGCUGCUACACCCUUCAUCGGUCAGGGAGAGUCUGCCAUGCUGGUGCGUCCAUUUGUGCCUCACAUGACCAAGGCCGAGAUUCACCAGAUCAUGACUUGCGGUUUCGCCACCAUCUCGGGUUCUGUGCUCGUCGGCUACACUUCGCUCGGUCUCAACGCGGAGGCCCUCGUGUCGUCUUGCAUCAUGUCCAUCCCAGCCUCGCUCGCCAUCUCCAAGAUGCGAUACCCUGAGACCGAGGAGACCCUGACUGCCGGCCGCGUCGUGAUCCCUGAGGAUGAUGAGCACAAGGCUGAAAACGCCCUCCAGGCCUUUGCCGAUGGUGCCUGGUUGGGUAUCAAGAUUGCGGGAACCAUUGUCGCGUCUCUUCUUUGCAUCAUUGCCCUUGUCGCCUUGAUCAAUGGCCUCCUCACUUGGUGGGGAUACUACAUCGACAUCAACGACCCCAAGCUCACUCUGCAGACCAUUCUGGGCUACUGCUUGUAUCCUGUCUCGUUCCUGCUGGGUGUCUCUCGCGAGAGAGAUGGGAGUGACAUCCUCAAGGUUGCCAAGCUCAUUGCUGAAAAGAUCAUCACCAACGAGUACAAUGCAUUCAGCGCCUUGGCCACGAGCGAGUACUACGCGGACCUUUCCCCUCGAUCCCAGCUCAUUGCCACCUAUGCUCUCUGCGGAUUCGGCAACAUUGGCUCUCUGGGUAUUCAGAUUGGUAUCCUCGGUCAGCUCGCGCCCUCCAGACGUGGAGACGUGUCCAGCCUGGCCUUUUCUGCUCUGUGCUCUGGUGUCCUUGCUACCCUCACGUCGGCCAGUGUCGCUGGUCUGGUCGUGACGACCCAGAUUUCUGAUUUCACUCGCGCGGGCAGCUCAUAA